UUAGAUAGUCAUGUUGGCAAAGUACGACUGAUAUAAUCAGUCUGGCGAAUGAAAAACGCCGCGAAAAUAUUUUAUCAACUCGUUUCAACUGACGUUUAAGAGGUUCUGGUGACACUAGCAACAUGGAGGGUCAUCAGGUACAAGCCCUGUAUGACUUUACCGGAGAGCCAGGGACGGCCGAGCUCUCCAUCAAUGCUGGACAAAUUUUAACCGUCAUCAGAGAUAACGUCGGAGAUGGAUGGUGCGAAGGCGUUAAUCAGAGUGGAAAGUCGGGACUCUUUCCAGCUGCUUAUGUUCAACUUGUCGAUACCAAUGCUCCCGCGCCUCCUAUGACAGGCAGUACCACCUCGUCGCAACAAGGUACGGGAGAUUAUUGGGAUGACGAUUGGGACGAUGAUUCGGAAGCUGGUCACGAUCCGCAAGCCUUUCCAAACCCUGUUAAUCAACAACAGCAUCAGCCGCAACAGGCUGUACAACCUUCGUCGCAACCGGUAUAUCCGGAUUAUGCCGAUUCAAUCUCAACGCAUGCGGUUCAUUCCGUCAUAUCCGAAAGACCGAUAUCUAACGUUCCUAAAAAGAAUACAAAAUUUUCAACCCUCAUAAAGUCGGGGGAAGACAGUUUUUUAAUGGGAACAAAAAUAGUCGUUGUACCUGAUAACGAGAGAGUGUUUAUAGAUGAAAAUGAAGAGGGACGAUGUGUGUGGGUGCCGGCUAUAGAUACAUACAAUUGCGUCGUUACUUCGCCUAAGAAAGAGUCUAAGCUCAAGGGUCUCAAAAGCUUCAUUGUUUACCAGUUGACACCGACGUUUAACAAUAUACAAGUGUCGAGGAGAUACAAGCACUUCGACUGGUUACACGAAAGACUGGAAGAAAAAUACUGCUUUAUUCCAAUACCGCCGUUGCCGGAUAAACAAAUAUCAGGUCGUUACGAGGAACAGUUUAUAGAGCAUCGUAGAACUCAACUUCAAGAAUUUGUCGAUUACGUUUGUAGACAUCCGGUUUUAUGUCGCAGUCGAGUAUGGGAACAUUUUAUGACUUGCACGGACGAGAAACGAUGGAAAGCUGGAAAACGGCAGGCAGAAAAAGACGAACUGUUGGGUGUGAAUUACUUCAACGUACUUCAGUGUCCCGACACACCUUUGGAUCCGGUUAAAGUCGACAUAGAGAAUGACGCGUUUGCCAAAUUUAUCAACGGACUUGAUCCGGUCGUUAAAAACUUUAUGGCAAUGGCUGUCGACCAAUCAAAGAAACACCAGGUUUUGUAUAAGAGAGAAUUUCAGAAAAUUGGCCAGUCUUUUAUAUCCUUAGGUUUUGCUCUUGACGCCGACGAUAAUAGUAGAGGGAUACUGAAUUCCGCUUUAAAAGUAACGGGAGAUGCUUACAACGAGAUUGGAAAAUUGUACGAGGAACAGCCGAAAUUUGACUGGGAACCGCUUGGCGAUAAAUUUCAUAUUUAUAGAGGAAUAAUUAGCAGUUUCCCUGACGUUAUUAGCAUACACAAGAGCGCCGUGCAGAAGCGAAAGGAUUCGGAGAGGCUAGUCAGCGAGCAUAAAAUGGAGCCGCAACAAUUGCGAGAACUUUCGCAUCGAACCGACGUAAUAGCCAGGGCGCUAAUGGCAGAGGAAACGCAUUUUCAAAGAGAACGCGAAGUGCAUAUUAAACAGGCUAUGAAAAAUCAUCUUACCGAGCAGAUAGCUUUCUAUAAAAAAAUUGUCAACAAAUUGCAGGAAGCGUUGAAUGCUUACGACGGUUGAAAAUUAAGUUUCAAAAGCAAGAGGUACUAACGCUUAUUUGGUACACAUACGCAAUAACAUAACUCAUUUCUCUCAUACUUGUUGGAAUUUUGUUUAUUCGCUUUUUGUCGGACUCGUCAAAGUGGGGAAAAAAUUUAAUUUCGUCUUGUAAAAUCGUCGAAAGAAAAUAUUAGCCGAUGCUGAUGAACUUUAAAAAAUUCCGAGACUUUUUCCUUCGUUACAUUCAACGCUCGUUAGUCGAGUUACGAUGCUGGAAAAGCAUGCGAGAGAGAAAAAGGAAAUAAGAAAUAAAAUACUUACCUUGUUAUCACAGUAUAUCUAUAUAUACAUCACUUGCCGUUACAUGAGUUAUAACCGAUCGUUGAUCUGUAAAUAAUUAGCUAAAUCUAUCCUCGAUGCCUGUAAUAGAAACUUCCCGACUGUAAAUCGUACGAUACUAACAUCGGUUCUCGCGUAGUUUAGUAUAUUCACUUCUCUUCUUUACCCCGAUUCGUCUAACUGCUACAGGGGCCAAAAUUUCAUAGACAAACUUAACGUCAUA